AUGCCCUUUUCUCUUUUAAAUCAAUCAAAUGAUCAAAAUUUAACUAAUUUUGCUGGGCAAAUAAUUUCUAAUAAUUUUAAUUAUUGGACUAUUUACAAAAUUGCGCGUUCUGCUUUAAGAUUUGGGCAUUGGAGAUAUUUAGCAUUGCCUUUAUUAGAAAAAAUUCAAACAAGUUGUGAAAGCAUUGAGACAGAAUCAUGGAUUUCUUCUCUCAUUUAUAUUUGUAAAGCACAGCCAUUAGCUUUUAAUAUGGAUGAACUUGCUAAUUCAGAAUCAAAUCUUCAAUUUGCUUCACUUAAUCUUAAGGUCUAA